ACGCCCACUCCACUCCACUCCACUCUUCCCUCCUCACCGCCCAGAGAGAGGACAUUUCACCUCGCCUUUCACUGCGCCAUUCUUUUCCGGUCUACAGAAACUACUCGGUGUUCAACAUGUCCCGGGUCGGCGUUUUCUGUCAUGUCCUGUUUCUUUUGCUGAUGUAUUAUUGCGUGGAGUCAUGUGUCCAGAAGCAUAUCCAAGCACAGGUUCCUGUGAGGCUGAUACCUGGUUAUGUUGUUUCUCAUGUGAAUUUGGAAGGUUGUGGCGACGGGCCUCUGGGUUUGACUGCCAGUGACCCAGCUUUCAGAGUAGAAAUGGAUGGCACCAUCCAAACUGUCCUUGCAACUGUGGUACCAGAGGAUGGCUUGUUUUUCUGGAUAACUGUCCAGGACCGCAACGAUCACAGGUGGUUCGUGGAUGUCAGCCUCACCUCCACUGGUCAGGUGUCUAACAACGCAGUUCUUAAACGCACCAAAAGAAGAUGGAGUCCUCCACCUUUCAGCAUCAAGGAGAACGGCAAAGGUCCUUUCCCCAAGGAAAUGGAAAUGAUUGCAUCAGACACAUCAGUAAAUUACUCACUUUAUUACGAAAUAAAGGGACCUGGUGUUACUCUUCCUCCCGUUGGUCUGUUUUCAAUUAUCCCAAACACUGGCAUGUUAAAAGUCCACGGCCCUAUUGACCGUGAACAGUACCCUCAGAUUAAAUUUACAGCCUAUGCCUACAACACCAUGAGCAGGGUACAGACUGACGAUCCUCUUCCAAUCACUGUGAACAUAGAGGAUGAGAAUGACAAUGCUCCACAGUUCACUGGUCCUAUGGACUUUACUGUUCAGGAACAAUGCCCCAUGAGCACUGUUGUAGGUAAAGUGAUUGCAACAGAUAAGGACGAACCAGACACUAUGCACACCAAGAUCAAGUACACUCUGAAGACAGGCACGGACCUGUUCCGUAUAGACCCCUACUCUGGGGUUAUUUCUGCCGCUACCAACACAUUGGACAGAGAGACUCAAGAGAAGCACUUUAUUUUAAUGGAGAUCAGAGACAUGGGUGGAUCACCUGACGGUCUCUUCAACACAGGAACGGCUACAGUGACUCUGACUGAUAUCAAUGAUAAUCCACCCACCUUUAUUCAACCCCUGUACAAAGGCAAUGUUCAAGAGAACAAAGUAGAUGUGCUGGUCGCUCGGAUCGGUGUCGAUGACAAGGAUUUGAAGGGCACCCCCAACUGGAAAGCAGUGUACGAAAUCACCAAGGGCAACGAGAGCGGCAACUUCAUGAUUAAAACGGAUCCGGUCACAAACGAAGGGCUGAUCUAUGUCACAAAGCCUCUGGAUUAUGAGAAACAGCAGACAGUGAACCUGGAGGUAAUGGCACGUAACGAGGCUCCUCUUGUAGGAUCAAGCUUGAACUGGCAGAAAGUGCCUGUAGAGAUCAAGGUGGAAGAUGUGGACGAAGGACCAGAAUUCUCUGCACCUAUACUCCAGCUCAAAGUUAAAGAGAACAUACCAAACGGGACUGUAAUUGGAACCUACACAGCCACCGAUCCGGAGACCAAAAGCAGCAAGGACAUAACAUACUAUAAAUUGACUGACCCAGGUUCCUGGAUCAGUGUGAUGAGCAACACUGGUGAGCUGAAGACAGCAAUGACCAUCGACAGAGAAUCACCACUUGUAACUAAUAAUAUGUAUAACAUCACUGUCAAAGCAGUGGAUAAGAGUCAGAAGUCUGGUACCGGUACGGUGAUGAUCCUCAUUGAGGAUGUGAAUGAUAAUACCCCAGAGAUAAAUAAAACAGACCUGGUCGUGUGCGACAAAGGUACUAAACAAGACCCUGUACUCAUUAAUGCUAUAGACCGUGACGAGAAGCCAUACUCCGAUCCAUUUACAUUUGAACUGGUGAAACCGAAUGAUGGGAAAUGGAGGCUAAGGGAUCAAAAAGCUACCUCAGUACUGCUGGAGUCAACUGAGGAUCUGCCCAACGAUAUCUACAAAGUCCCAAUACUAGUGAAGGACCUUCAGGGUUUUGGAAAAGAGCAAACUCUGUCCGUGCGAGUAUGUGAGUGUAUGAGAGGGGGAGAGUGUGUAGCUCAAAAGUUGUCCACCACAUUAGGAGUGUGGGGUGUCCUCGCCAUGCUGCUGGGCCUGCUGCUACUGCUACUGCUUUGUCUGCUGUGCUUGUUUGUGUGUAGCACCAAGGGAGAGAAGCUGCCUAUGGCUGAUGAUGAUGUACCUGGUGGGAUGUUGCUCAAAUCCAACUUGGAAGCUCCUGGGGAGGAAGUGAAAGACGCACUGAUUCUGAUGCCUUCAAAUGGGGCUGAUUUUAUCGACGGCUCUAAAGGAGGAGGCUACAUAGAUCAUGGCUUUGGACAGAAGCACACUUUUGGAGAAGGCAUAUACCAUAACAACAUGCAGGGCUUCAUGACACACAACACAAUAUCCUCUGGACAGUUCAGCACAAACAUGUACGGCAAUUCCUUAAAGAAACACUCAACACAUGGCAUGUCAACAAUGGAUGUGUGGCAGGAAAAUGGGAAGAUGCUCAGUAAUAAACUGGUACACUUUCGAGAGGAGGCAGAUGCGCGAUUUGCAGACGAUAUCCUGAGGCCUUAUGGGUUUGAGGGAGUGGGCUCUCCUGCAGGGUCUGUUGGGUGCUGUAGUAUCCUCGGUGAAGAGGAGUCACUGGAUUUCCUCAAUUCGCUUGGACCCAAGUUCAAAACGCUUGCUGAUGUAUGCACAGUCAAAUCUCACAGGGGAGGGAAGUGAAGUGGGUGGAGCUAAAGAUAAGAAACUAGGAGAAAUGACCUGAUAUCAUUUGGAGUAGGAUAUUAGAACUGAUCUGUCUUCCCCAAGACAAAGAGGACAGUAAGGAAAAAUGCAGAUACUGUAUCCUGGAUUGUGUGAACACUAGCUAAUGAAAUUUGUCACCAAACACUUACACCUUACGUAUUACUACCUGGAGUCUACGCCAGAAAAUGGACUGCUCCUUUCAGAUUAUGUGUGCGGAGUAUGUGAGUAUGUGUGCAUGUGUGUUUUUAUAUUUGAUUGCUCUGCCGUUUUUCUGUGUCUUCUACUGUAAGCUGGAUCUCACUGUCAAAGCACUGCAAAGCCAAUGCAUUUUUAUAAAUGAUUAUUUCUCUGUUGUGUAAUAAAACAAUUUUCUGUGGGGACUCCCAGGCCCUAACGUGCACCAGCACAUUUUUGAUGGCCUACAAGCAAUGUCAAGCUUUAUUUAGUUUCUACUACAGCGUACAUGCUUUUAAUUAUCCUCUUUGGAUGAAUGUAAUGGGUGUAAAGCUUUCAGAGACAAGUCUUUCCGUUUUGUUUUUACAGAUCGUCUCUGUAGGGGAUGUGCCGGUAUUUUUCCUCGCAUCUAAUAGAACCCUCACAUUUUGUGGUGAUUCUGAGUAUUACCAAAACAUCUAUGGGUUUUUCAUACCAUAUGAUUUCAUAUUUUAUCAAAAUACGGGGAGUUGUUUUUUUUGCCUCAAGAAUGAAGUAUCUGAGCUUUCAUCAAACCAAACUCAUUCCACUGUUCUUUAUAAACUGCUGUUGUCAAAUGCUUUGUUACUAUGCUUUUGUGUGAAAUGGCUGUAACUUUUAUUAUUUUUUUUCUACUAAAACUUUACUACAAUCAUAAAAUAAAAUAUGUUUGGGUGAGAUAAAGAAAAAAGAAUAGAUCAAAAGAAUAGUUCUCAUUCUAAGAAUGUUCUGAAGGUAUUAAAAGAAAAGUAACAGGGCAUGCUGUAGGAAAUAUUAGUACCAGGAGGUGGUGGGAUGCAGCCUUGAAGCAUCUUCUUCUUCUUCUUAUGCCACAGCAAUUUGUAAUACAACAAUUACAUUUUCUAAUUUAUUAAUAAAUGACUUGCUGUGCUUUU